UUCAGUUUGUAAAAAAAAUUAAUAUUAUUUAAUAAUUACAAUAAGGAGUUAUUUAUAAAUUUUAUAUCUUUUUUAUAUUUGAAGUUUAAGGGUUAUUUUUACAGAAUUGAUGUACACGUGUAAUGUUUGUUUGCACUGAGAAACGAGUUUCAAGUCGUUAUUAAAUUAAAAACUUAAACUCCAUAUAAUUAUAUUAUUCUUUUCUUAUAUAAUGAAAAUAAAUAUAUUUUUGAUAAUUUAGAAUAUCGUAUUUUAUAUAUGAUGAAAUGUUUGAUGCAGUUUAAUUAUAUAAACUGAUGAAUAAUAAUUAAAUAAUUUGUCGUUUGAAAUUUUUAGUGUCGGUUUUCAUUUGAAAUUAAUGCUAAAACAAUGCUCCAAAAAGUUUUACUCCGUAUCUGAGUGGAUAUUAGAUAAUGAAUUUUAUCCAAAAUGAAAACAUGAGAGAUUAUCAGCUUUUAUUGCCUCAUAUUUCUCAAAUAAUUCAUUAAAAUUAUCUAAGAAUUAAUCUUAUUUCGGUUUUCAUCGUUUUAUAGAAGGUUAUAAUUUUGAUUACAAAAACAAUAUUCUAUUUAAAAUGUAAACAAAAACCGAAAAGUGUUUUAAAAUUUACUAAGCUAUUAUUUGCUUCUAUAAAUUCAUAAAUGUAUUCAUUGGUGUUGAUUAUUCAUUUGUAAGAAUUGAAAUAUUUUCAUAUUCAAUUUAAAAAAAAAAUAAUUCAUUUAUAAAGAAACAUUUAACUAUUUACCUCAGCAUGACAAGGAAAAAAAAUGUUUCGAUUUUAUUCACAGUUUUAUUGUUAAUUUUUUUAAUUAACAUAGCAAAGGUUUCUGCAUCAACUGGAGACAGAUCCCAAUUUUAUAGACAAUGUCUUCUUGUCUGUUAUUCUCACAAUUGCAAACACAACGUUGAUUUUGAAGUUAUAUCCUUCAACGAUGAUGGAUUUUUAUCGUGGUCUUGUGAAGAGAAUUGUCGAUAUGAAUGUAUGUGGGAAACUGUUGAUCAUUUUAUAAAUCAUGGACUUCAUGUUCCACAAUUUCAUGGCAAAUGGCCAUUUAUUCGAAUGUUUGGCCUUCAAGAACCAGCAUCCAUGAUAUUUUCUCUGAUGAACUUUUACGCUCAUUUUGUCAUGUAUAACAAAUUCAGACAAGAAGUAAAAUCUUCCAUGCCAAUGUCUUUAAUAUGGACUUAUUUUACAAUCGUUUGUUUGAAUGGCUGGCUCUGGUCUGCAAUAUUUCAUGCAAGAGAUAAACCGUUUACAGAAGUAAUGGACUACUCUUGUGCAUUUACAAUGGUUAUUACAUUAUUAUUCUGUAUGUUAUUACGAAUAUUUUAUCGAAAUAAUAAGGUAUUUGCUGUGAUAGCGUUUGGGUACGUUAGUAUUCUUGUCACGCAUUUGUCUCAUUUGUGGUCUGGACAGAUAAAUUAUGGGUACAAUAUGAAGAUGAAUAUUUUAUUCGGAUUUCUUACCUUUGUUGUCACAAUGAUCUGGUGGUAUCGUAAUUCAAACAAAGUUCCGCAUGCUUAUCUAAUCGGUUGGUUUAAUAUCUUCACUGUGAUAGUUACACUUUUUGAAGUUGCUGAUUUUCCACCGAUCUUUUGGACUCUUGAUGCCCAUGCUCUUUGGCAUGCUUCCACCGUUCCACUAGUUUAUUUAUUAUACAGAUUUAUGAUUCUUGAUUGUCAUUACUUAAGAAAACAAUACAGUUACCAGGUAAUAUUAGACAAUCAUAUAGAGUAGAAAUUUAUAGUACAAUUUUUUGAUAAAGAGAUGCAAUGAAAAUAAAUAAAAACUUAUAUUUUAUUUCUAAAAUGGUAUUUAUUUAUUGUUUAUUUACGUAUAAUUUCAAGUAACAGUUUUUAAAAUUUUUCUAGUAGAAAAUACAAAAUUGAUUUUGCUAUAUGUAGUCAAUCAUAUUGGGUAGAUGCAAAAAUAUAAUUUUAUAUUUAGAAUAAAAUUAUUUUAAUUUUACUUAUAAGAAUGAUUGUCGAGAUCGUAAGUCGCUUUUUAGAUAUAAAUUAAAACUAUCAAUAAAUUUUUAGUAAAAAAGGUGGUAAUUGUCUAGUACGUUACAUCAGAAGGUGUAUUAUUAUAAAAAAAAUUGUUAUCUAUACUAUUAACAAGAGAUGAUAAUCAUCUAAUCCUUUAAAAUAUUCGAAGCCAGCAUUUGCAAUAAUAGAUUCAAUCAUAGGCAUAUACAUGUACUAGACAUUUACCAAAAAAUUUUAUAUAUUAUUUUUAUCAGUAGCAAAUAAGUUUUGCACCAAUCCAACAUGAAUCAAUUGUAAUCAUUAGGUGAUCGCAUAAAUAAUGAACGUGCUGCGGUUUAAUGAACUUUUCGGCUACUAUGAAAGAUGAAUUUUUUGGCAAGAACCAGAAAAUGAUACUGAUUUAAUUUAAGUAAUAGAUCUAAAUAUUAACAAUUGUUCAAAAUAUAGUAUAAAAUAUACGUUCAUGCAUACUCGAACGUGGUACAGAUUUUUGCACUAUUGGUUACAUGAAAUGAACAUUAAAUUAAUAUUUGUUAUUGAAUUAACUGCAUUUUAUUUCGUAUUUUAUGAAAGACUUUUCUAGUCCGAAGGAAGACAAAGAUAUCAUAAAUCAAUCAUAAAAAAUAUUACAAAUUUUGUAGUUAAUUAGUUACUAAUUAAUUAUAAAUAACAAAUAGUACUUGCGAAGUAGUUUCGAUAAAGUGCCAGAGGAAUGUUUACUUUUUAAUAUUAUUAACAGCAAAAAUUAUAUUAUUCAAUUCAGUAAUAUUAAAUUUUCAAUUGUUGUUCAAUCUUAUUAAGUACCAAAAUGCAGUUGAUCAGUUAAAAUUAAGUAAUAAUGCUAUGAAAUUUAAA